AUCUAAAAAAAAAAAAGUGGUUAUGGUGUUUCACAAUUUGUCAAACGUACAGCGAAAAUGAUUUAAAAAUAAAGACAGACAAACAAUGUAUUUUAAAAGGCAGAGUGGAGAAAGCAUCAGCAACAGAUUUUACAAAAAAGUUUGUCGAGCAAUACUCACAGAACAAUCGACCAUGGCCGGAGAUGGCACUGAGAAGGCAACAGUAAUAGAGGGAAAGGAAUGGUACAUGGCAGCCUAUGCACCUCAAGGUGUUCCAAGCUCCGAUCACCUCAAACUCCGGACUGUAACCAUAUCACUAGCAGAUGAUUCAAUUCCAGAUGGUCACGUGGCUGUUGAGUUGCUGUGGAUCUCCGUUGAUCCUUAUCUACGUUCUAGAAUGACAGGCCACCAGGACGGACUUUACAUGCCCCAGUUCAAAAUCGACGAGAGUGCUUUGAAAUGUAUGCUAAUGCAGGUGUUGGUGGCAUUUGGGGUUGGAAGGGUAAUAAAGUCAAAGGACAGCAGAUACAGUGAAGGGGAUAUAGUGCUGAAUCCUUAUUUUCCAAUUGCUGAGUACUGUGUGAUGCCAUCAGAUUCCUUAAUAAGAAAGAUUGAUGUUACAGCAGGAAUAGCAAUCCCUGAUUACCUCAAUGCUUUAGGGGCACCUGGAUUUGCAGCAUGGGUGGGGAUAGUGGUGUUAGGAGAGGCAAAGCCAGGUUUGAAUGUGUUUGUCUCAGCAGCCGCAGGAGGCGUUGGUAUGUUUGCCGGUCAGUUGGCCAAGCUCAGGGGUUGCCGGGUUAUUGGCAGCACAGGAUCUGAUGAUAAGGUAAAGCUUUUAAAGGAAGCAUUUGGAUACGACGACGCUUUCAACUACAAAAGGGAAACAGAUUAUGAUGCUGCUUUAAGCAAGUACUUCCCUAAUGGUAUCGAUGUCUACCUUGACAAUGUUGGUGGUAAAAUGCUGGAGGCUGUCCUUAAUCACAUCAAUAUUGGUGGUCGGAUCCCUCUCUGUGGAAUGAUAUCUGAAUAUAACAAGACAUGGAAAGAAAGAGAUGGUGUGAGAAAUCUUUUGAAUCUAGUUGGUAAAAAUGUGAGGAUGGAAGGGUUUUUGGUGGGUUCAUAUUUAAAUCGUUUUCAAGAUUUUUUGAAGGAGAUGGAGGACUAUCUACUUCAAGGAAAAAUUAUCUCCAAGACAAAGACAUACAAUGGAAUUGAUAGCUUUCUAGAGAGCUUGGGAUCUCUUUUUUCAAGCACUAAUAAUGGAAAAGUUGUCAUUCAAGUCAAAGUGAAUGAUAUAUAUACGAAAUUCUUGCCUAAGCCUAGUUUAUCAUGAAUUAAAUAUAUAAAUAUAUGUGAUUCAUAUAUUUAAUAUGUGAAUCCUAUCAUAUAUCUUAUAUAUUAAGUUUAUGGUAGAUUGAGUUUAGAUAAAAAUAAAUAAACUAUAUCUAUGAUGAAUUUGUGGAGUGGACUGACUGCCCUCUAGACUUUAUAUAUUUUAUGCUAGUGUAUUAUCUGCUUCCGUUGCUGCAACUUUCUCUAUUGUACAUGUAAACUUGGUUUUUAAGUGAGAAUUGAUGGGGAUAAUGGAGAAGUUCUCCCAUGUAUAUAUUUUUAUACCAACUUAUUUGUGUUAAAUUAAGUGUCUUCCAACAA